AUGUUGUCCUCGGACUCGAAUUACGCUAGUGAUAUUAGCGACGAUGCCUCCGCCACCGGAUCGAUAGAGAAUCCUAUAUACAAAUGCAAGUAUUGUCCUAGGAAGUUCGAUAAAACACAAGCAUUAGGUGGUCAUCAAAAUGCACACAGAAAGGAGAGAGAGGUCGAAAAACAACAAAAAGCAUUUUUGGCGCAUUUGAACCGACCAGAACCAGAUCUUUACGCGUACUCGUAUUCGUAUCAUCAUUCAUUUCCUAACCAAUACGCACUCCCACCGGGAUUUGAACAGCCUCAGUACAAAGUUGAUAGAUCAUACAAGAUGUCCAUGGUCUACAACCAAUAUGUGGGAUCCUCAAGCUCUAGCUUUGCAGGACUACAAAGUGACCCAAGUCAAGGAAUGAACCAGGAUUGGACCUUUACCGGGAUCCCAUUCCUACCCCAAUCUCAACCUCAACCACUAUCGUCACCAAUAUGUUUGGAUCUUUGCCUUGGCAUUGGUAGCUCCCAAACCCAACCACAACCUCAAGAACCAAAUGAUGCAACAGAAGAGAUGGAUGCUGAGAAAGAAAAUGAUGGUUCUUCCCUUUCUCUCUCACUCAAACUGUGA